UAUUCAUGGCGGCUGUCUAAGCAGGGAGUCAUCGUAUUUGGAUUAUUAUAAACAACUUGUUGUGCUCAUAUAAUAUUGAGCGGAUAACAAUUGAACAAUAAAAUUUUAAAAGAUGAUUAUAACGCUUAAAACACUUCAGCAGCAGACAUUCAAGAUGGAUGUUUCUCCUGAUAUUUCUGUAAGGCAAUAGUUAUUUUAACGAAACUGUAUCAUGAUGAUCUGAGAACAUGCACUCAGAACUACUGAGCAUGGAAAUGUAAAUUCGAAUUAAAUAUGCGGUGUCUAGGGCUAAUUUUGUCACUAAUGGGUAAUCCCUUAUUUUAGAGUGCUUAAUUAUUACUAGUGAAAUAAUUAAUGGAACUUUAUUAAGAGGAGUUUUUUAAAGUAAAAUACUAUCUUUUUGUUAGAAUACAACAAUUUAAAUUUUACAAGAUAAAAAAGUAAAAUUUUAUUAAUCUUUUGUCUUUCUUGGUGCCAUUGUCACUUUGUGGUAAAUUAAGUAGAACUCUUCUGUAUUUAAGAUACAUAUUAAAGUUGUCCUAUUGGAUGUAUCUAGAUUUAAAUAAAUGUUAUAUUUAUUUCAUAAUAUAACUUUUAAUAUAACAUUAUUUUAUAUUUUAUUUAAUUAUGUCUAGGUGCCCUAUAUUUCUUUGUAAACUAAACCCAUGGACGCCAUGGUGGGUUUUAACAAGUUUAAAUAUUUACAUAUCUCUUGUUCAAGGCAUCUUUGAAUCUGUAGGCGUAGGGCCAUCCAUGCAAGGCAGAGUAAAAGUAAUGGUGGGGGAUCUGUGGUAUAUGUGCGCAUUUUCUAGAUGCUAGGGGCUGUAAUUUCAGGCUUCGCCUACGACACUGCUUUCCUUGGCUCGCUCCUGCAUCCAUUACGGACAUAAUGCGUCUAGAUUUUAGUGUGUUAUGUAGGGGUUGUGUGGGACAAUGUUUGUUAAAACUAUAUAUUUUAAAUAAAUAUAAUAUAUGUAUUUUUUAAAAUAAAAUUUGUCAUGAUUUUGUUGUCAAUAAAUAGUUGGUUAUUUAAAAAGAGGCGAAAAUCAGGAAUUAAAUUAAAUAUACUGUAAUAUGGAAUUGAAAACCAGAAAAAAAAGAUUACUAAUAAAGCAAAACAUGUCCUUCCAAUUAUAUAAAAUUACUACCACUGUGUCUCAUUUUACUUAUCACAAAUCAGAGUCAACUAGGUGUCAUAUAAAUAAUUAAGUCCCUCCCAUCGAAUUAAAGCUGACCAACCACAGAUCCUUUAAACACAUUAUUUGCCAUGAGAUGACUCACAAUGUCAAUUGUAUAGAAAGAAUCUACUUGCAUAGGAAAGGGGACGGGGUGUGAAGGUGGGGUCCACCACAGGGGGCACUUUUUCUUUAUAUGGAGCGGCGGGAUUUUUGGCCAAGUGAAGAGUUUUUGAUGUUGUUUUUUUUAAAAUGUAGUGUGUGGCACGAUUCUCGACCAAUACUGGUCAGUACUAACCCUCGCUUAGACACUAAGACAUUCUUCUUCAUUCCUAGCUGUUACGGUAUGAGAAGAUCAUGUGCACCAGCCAUGUCUCUAGUUUUAAAUCUCGUAACAUAAUCCCUGGUCGCCUCAUAAUGUUUCCCUGGUCCGUUCAUUACGAGGAGAUGUGACACGUCAACCAAUGCCUUGACACUGGUCGCUCUCUGAUGAUGGUGGAAUUCUUGGAAUUCUAUUACAUAGUCACGUCUUGUGCUUCACAUCUAUUGCACGGAUGCUGUUUCCAUGGUUAGCUGCUUACCUAAGUCCUUCACUGAUACGUUGACGUAAUUGAGAAACACCGGCAUAGCGGGACCGACAUGGUCCCAACUGCCAUGCCAUGUUUCUGGUUAGAAAGGCGUGGGCAGCGAGACAGUGGCAGCAACUUCUCCAUAUAUGGGUUAACGGUGGUACCGGUACCUCUAGUAUGCAGAUUUCUGAUAGUUAUAGUUGCACAACCUUUGUGGUGUGUCCCCGCUGCUGUGACUAGACAAAUGAAUUGCAGGACAAGUAAACCCACGACAAUUAUAUUAAUUCCAAUUAAUGUUCAAAAUUAUGGCAUUUUAGACCCACCCUGUGAGACGAAAACUUUUUGGUAACGUUUUACUGAAAUUUCCAGUUUUUCUGAAUUUUCGGUUCGACUCCGAUGACCAUGGACAGUUUUGGAGUGUCCCCAAAGUCAGGUGGAGACAAUUUGGAAAGAUUUGAGAAUUUUCCAAAUUUUCAAGUGUCCACUAAUGUUACUUAAGGGUCAAGGUUGGUGCCCUAUUUCUUAUGCCGAAAAAAUAUAAAACAUAUGGCGAUUUAAAAGAUGUUCUCCAGUAAACUUGUCUGCACUGUGGUCGUCUUCGAUAUUAACAGUUUUGGGUCUGGUAUGCACAGUAAUCGUCUUUGAUGCUAACAGUCUCAAGUCUGGUAUGCACAGUGGUCGUCUCCGAUGCUCAUGUUUUCACUUGUCAUGCGUUCAGUUGUCUGGGAAGCAUUCACUGCAUUGGUCUGAAAUCAAUUUCUAAUGCCCACCCCCUGAAUUUGCAGGUUUUACAGGUUUGAUGUGGUGCUAUUUCAUUCAUAAAAGAAGUAUUACAUCCCACAAUUGUUUUCCUUUUCCAUCCUUUCACUUUGGAGGACAUCUUUCAUGGCCUACAUUUCAAUUGAUUACUUUUUUAUUUACUACAGGUCACCUUUGAGAAAAUUUUUUUGUAAAUAUAAUGCAACUUUCUCCAAAAGAUUAAGUCGAAUUUGUAUAUAUAUAUAUAAAUAUAUCAUAUUUGUAUGUCCCGGUUAAUAUAUUGAUCUACAUGUGUGCCAAUUUUCAUAGUGCUAUGUGUUUUACGGUUCUAUAUUUGAGCAGUAUGUUAUGUAGGUCUCUAAACCCAAUUUCUUUUGGUUGUGACGAUGCCCCCUAUUUAAUUGCGGAAGAUCUCAAUACUUAAGAAAAAUUAUUACUUUAUUGCCACUACUUGAAUCAAAAUAUUUAGAUAACUUCUGUUUUAGAAUAAAUUAAGAUGUCAUUAUUUAGAAUAAACUUAGAUGACAUUUAAACAAGGUAAUAUUAAUUUGAGGUUUAAAACAAAUAAGAGCAGAUACUAUAAAUUAUCAUAAUUUGCAGUGUGCAGAGCUUUGGCAGUUACUUGCAUGUGCUAUACUUCUAUAGUAUUAUUCUUAUAGUUUCAUUCAUAAGACAUGGCAGUGUGCAAAAACUAUUAAAUUAUUGGUCAGGGAAAUCUUUUAUUACUUAGCCAUGUGCAAAAGUUCAUAAUUAGACACAGCUUUUAGUAAGGAAGUUAAAUUUUUAAACUGUUGUAGAUUUUUACUUAAACAUUUAUCAAAUUCUUUUAUCAUUUUUUUUUUAAAGAAAUUUAAAAAUUAGUUGAAAUAAUUUUUACAGUUUGAUAACAUAAUUUCAUUUUAAAGGUUAAAGAAUUAAAAGAAAAGAUUGAAGCUGAAAAGGGAAAGGAAUAUCCAGCGGCAGGCCAGAAGCUUAUUUAUGCAGGUAAAUUUUUUUGUUCUUUAAUAUUUUUAAGUUCAAAUUUAAAUUCAAUUUUAAUGAUUUUAAAUUAUACUUUAUAAUAAUGUAGAGACAACUUUCACUUUCAUAGCAGCAAACAUUUGCAGUUUGCUCUAUAUUUUGGUUGACUAUGCCAAUUUUUAAAGCUUGACAAAAUUAAAGAAACAUCAUAAACUCACACAAUUAGCUUACGCAAAACCAUUAAAAAAAAUUUAAUUAAUUAUGAAAUGUACUAAAAAUUUAUUUAAUAUCAGGAUAUGGAUUUUUGGUCCUAUUUAUACGAAAUUAUUAAAUUGUAAUGAAAAUGUAUAGCCCUGAAGAGACAGGCUAAGCAUAAUAUUUUAUUUAAUAAAAAUAUAUGAUUCAUAUUUGACAGGAAAAAUCCUUGAUGAUGCAAAGAAAGUCGAUGAAUAUAAAAUUGAAGAAAAAAACUUUGUUGUUAUAAUGGUUACCAAGGUAUAUCAUUAAAUUAAUUAAUUUAUUGCUGGACCGUGCAAAGGAAAAUUUGCGCUUGGGGCAAAGCCUGAAAAAUAUUGGCGCAAUACCUCCCUGGUUUCAUCGAUAAAUGAUACACACACACUUAUAGAUAUAUAUUUUCACGUUUUUCAUUAGUGGUUUCCCUUGAUGUUGGCAUCAGAGACUGGUUUCCCCUCCCCACCUUUUUUUUUCUUUGCACGGCCCUAAUAUUAAAUAAAAGUUAACUAGGGUUCAUUAGUAAUCAUUUUUAAAUAAUUAAAAUAAAUGCACACUUGUUAGCAAUCUGCAUUUUAAGCCAGCUUAGGCUACAAUCACACUGAAUACAUAUUGCACUGAAAUUUUAGACAUAUAUGAGAACAAAAUUAUUUUUUAAAAAAGCAAAUGCAGGAACAAAUUUGUAGCUUUGCAGAUGCAUGCCAAUGAAUUUAGGCCAAACAAUUUUUUAAAAUAAUUUUUUGGCAGAGUUGUCUGAUUGAUGCUUCAAAAGAAAAAAUUGUGGCUUGAUUUGAGUUUAAAUUCCUUAAUUGCACCAUAGGAACUUUCAACAUUUUUUUUUUCACUCUUACUAUUUGUGAUUGUUAUUUGUGGGAGAAAGAAUUGGUAGCUAUCACAAGUUACUUUUUGAUUAGUUUGCAACCAUAAAUCAGCAUGACCAUUGGCAUUGUUCAACUAUAGUCAUAAAAGGUCCAGGCUAUUUUCAUGAUAGACAAUGAAGAUGGCUUAUAAAAAUUGAAUGUGAUUGGUUGCACUUUGAGCACAAUGUCAGACCAAUAUCUCUACAGAAAAAAAUUGGUCUCCUGUAAGUCUGUCUAAAAUAUUGCUGAUGUACAGUUUCAAUGUGAUGUAGCCUAUGUUGAUUGACAGAUCUUUUUAAUAGCUAUAAAAUUUUGUUAAUGCGACGGUCAUGACAGCUAUGAUUCAUUUAAAGCACUUUAGUUUUAAUUUUAAGGGCUAAUUUAUGACAUAGUUUUUCAAAAUUAAUUUUAUUUGUAGGGAAAAAAAUAAAUUUAGAACUAAAAUUUCUAUUGUAGAUUCUCAAAUUAAUUUUUAAAAGAAACAUUCAUAACAUGAAAGAAAAUAUUUUUGCUAGCCAAAGCCUGCCACUGCACCUACAAAACCAUCUGAGACUCCAGCUUCCACAGAAACACCUGCAGCGGCAGCAGCUGCUGCUGCAGCAGCCGCACCAACACCAGUGGUUCCUUCAAACUUAGUGGCACAGGGUGACAGAUCAGUUGAAACAACUGCGUCUAGUCCUUCAACACCAAGGUAGAUAUAAAUUUGAAAAUUAAAAAUUUUUUGUAAAAAUGUGCAUUUUUUUCUAUGGUGACUUAAAAGCAUUUAUUUAAUUAAUGAAUUUAGAGAAGUUUGAUUAAAAAGAACUUACAAAAUUGAUAAUUGUGUUGGAUCAAGACAAUGAGUCAUCAAUUAAGACUAAAAGAGAUGAAAUACCUAAUGCUUUGUCUUUUUUUAAAAAUUAUCCUUAACGCUUUAUUCUUGUAAAACAUGAACAGUUCUGCUCCAACAACUGAAGCAGCCACUGCUGCCCCAACGGCAACAUCUGAUGCCAGAGGAGGUAGUCUUCAGUUUGCUGAGAGUAACCUAGUCACUGGCCAAGCAUAUGAGAAUAUGGUGCAACAACUAAUGAUUAUGGGUUUUGAGAGGGAGAAUGUUGUAAGAGCUCUUAGGGCCAGCUUUAAUAACCCAGAUAGGGCUGUGGAGUAUCUUCUUGGGGUAAGUAAUUGUUGACUGUUUUUUUUUUUAUAUGUAGGUAUGGAAAGUGUUGACUUAUUUAGGCAGAUAUUUAUUUAUAUUUAGGCAGACUGCAAUCAAGUUGUAAAGAAGCAAAAUAUAUAAUUCGACUGUAUUCAAGUUGUGAAAUGAAAUCUUAGAACAAGGUAUGCUGAAUUUCAAUUCAUUAACAGGACAAAAGAUUUUGACGUCUCGGCUAAGAGCCUUCAUCAGAAAAUAAGACAAAAAGAAGAAUAACAAUUAUCAGAUCACAGUAAAAAAAAAACUAAACAGAUUUCGUUUUUGUUGAAGUAGGAUAGGGCAACAAAGAGGAAUCUCUUUAUUUUUUUUUAUUUUUUUGAAUUCUAGUUUAGCAUACCUUGCUCUUGGAUUUCAUGGAAAGAAGCAUGUAAAGAAGCACAAUGUCUGCUGAUAACUGCUGGUUUUAUCUUCUUCUUUUUAUUCAAGGGAUAACAGUUUCUUUCUUUUUUACUUUAUUUAAUUUUUUUACGUUAUAGUUGAAGACAUAUUCGAGUGUUAAUUGUGCUCAAUAUAAACUUUCGUUUGACAGUGAAUAUCAUUUCCCUUUAUUUUGUAUAGUAAAAACUGAUUGGAAAUGAAGUGAAAGGCUCAAAAAAGUAUGUAUCAUGUUUGUUUAUAUUUUAGGGUAUUCCAGAGCCUCACGGAGCUGAAGAAGGAUUUGGUGGUGGUCAUCCUCCUGCUCGUCCAACUGAUGCUAGUGAGUCUAACGUUUCAAUGGCAUCCAAUCCUUCAUCAGAUACUACUGGGUCUUCUCAGACUGGAGGUGAGAACACAGGAAAUAAUGUGUUCGUCCAGAAACACCUGGGACAACAAAUAUUAUUGAUUCACUAUUUUGGCAAUGUUUAAAAUUAAAUAUGUUUUUUCUUUCAUUUGAUUACCCAUCUUUGAAAUUUAAGAUUUGGCUUAGUAAAGCAGACCUGUUUACUCUUACGAUUUAGGCAUACAUUCUACGAUUUUUACAUUAUAAUAUAUAUACUGCAUGUUUAUUUAUUUACUAUUAUGAUACGGUAUAGUAUGAUUUUGAGACGAUAUUGUACGAUUUAAGGUGUUCAAUGGUAAACAGGUUGGUAGCGGAUUCUCAAAGUAAUACAAAAAUAAGAAAUUUAAAAUGUAAAGAUAUAUUAACAAAAUUAAUACAUAACCACAUGACAAAAUGUCAAAAAUAAAAAAAUCAUAUCCAAACAGAAAUGAUCUUAAUUCCAUUUCUAUGCUUUACCAAAGAUUCUAAAUUAUCAAUUGAAAAUGUAAAAUUUCGCAUAAUUUACAUCUGUUCUGUUAAAUUGUGUGCCAGGAACUGGUGGAGAAGAUCCUCUGGCAUUUCUAAGAUCUCAGCCACAAUUUCAGAGGAUGCGCCAAGCCAUUCAAGAAAAUCCUCAGCUUCUUCCAGCCCUGCUGCAACAAAUAGGACAAAAUAAUCCUCCUCUUUUGCAGGUAACUUGCAGAACUUUUAUGAAGUUUAUUUUUAAAGCUAGGUUUACUUAUUUAUGGGUUAAAAAACAACUUUAUGGAGACCAAUACAAUUAUAGAAAAUAGCACAAAAGAAAGAAAAUAGCACAAAAGAAAGGUAAUAGAAAAGUUUUAAUUGUGGAAAAAUAUUUUUCAUAUAACAAAAAAUUUACCUUAGACUUCAUAAAUGCUAAAAAUAUUCUCUCUCAAUUUAUUUUAUAUUAAAACGAAAGAAAUCUUUUUUGUGACCGCAAUUAAAUGCCAUUAAAUCUGAGUAAAUAUGCAUUCAAAAUUAUAUUUCAUAUUUAAUAUAAAUGACCCCAUAAAGACUAUUUAUUUAUUCACUAUAAAAAUGAAAGGUAUACACAACUUGGAAGCCGCAGUGGAUAAUUAUCUGUGCUAUUAUAUUAUUUAUAUAUUAUUUUUUAAAUCCUGCAACAGUUCUGAAAAGUUCAGUGCCAAAUAGGAGUAUUUCCUGUCAAUUUUUUUCUUUCUUUUUUUUUUUUUAGAUUAUCUGAGAUUUUGUAUGUGUUUUUUUUAAUAAUGAUAAUUUUUUCUUUCAAUAGAUGAUUAGUCAGAACCAGGAACGCUUUGUGCAGAUGUUAAAUGAGCCUGAUGACGGCUCAGACCAGGAGGGGGGACAAGGGGCUGGGGGCACAAACCCCCCGCCAGGAUCAGGCUAUAUCUCUGUUACACCAGAAGAAAAGCAGGCAAUUGAUAGGGUAGGUACCUUUGGUUUUGUCACCAGGUUGGUCUUUUAUUAGGCUGUGAGGGUGUACCAAUACAAAUCAGAUAUUACAAAUAUUGUUAAACUCAUUCCCUUCGGCUGUGCUAUUUGAAAUAUUUCCGUACUUAAUUUGUAUUCCUGAAGAAAGAGAAGUAACCCUGUUUUGCAAACGAUCUACAUUUUUAAAGGUUUUUUUAGCUGAUAAAUAUUAACAAAUUAAGGAUAAAUGCAUAAAAAAUGAUUUAGCUUUAAGAAAAACAUCAACGGUGAAAUAAUAACUAUCAACAACCAAAAUAUCAAUUUUUUGGCACCUCAGUAUAACACGAGCGAGAUAUAGCCGCUCUAUACUAAAGUAUAAAGAGGUUGAAAAUAAAAUAAGAUAAAAACUUCAUUUAAAAAUCAUUGAAAGGGCGCCAUCACCAAAAUCUCAAGGGACACAUGAUUUAGUUCCUAUUUUUUAAUUAUGAUGUGAGAGGUUUGUCAGGACGGAUUAUGACAAUUGCAACACAUACACUCCAUCCCACAAUUUAGUAGCAAUGAUGGAGAAUGAGAUAUGGCUUUAUUGUUCUCACAGCCACUAUUGUAUACUGUUAGUUAAGACAAUGUUACCUUAACUACUCAUUGAAUCUAAUUUGACAUGUUUGUAAAUGUGUAGACAGAUUGCACCAUUCAUAAUUGCUAUUAUUUCUAAAGCCACGCUUUUAAGAAAACCUGCUGAAAUACAACAAAAUAUAUGUUUAAAAUGUGUUUUAUAAUAUUUUUUCAGUUAAAAGCCUUAGGGUUCUCAGAAGCUAUGUGCAUUCAAGCCUACUUUGCAUGUGAUAAGAAUGAGGAUUUAGCUGCAAACUUUUUAUUGUCACAAAAUGAUGAUGAUGAACUCCCAAGUUGAUUUGUUAGUGCUUUAAAUAAGAGAAAGUCUUACAACCCUUGUGCUUAUUGAAAUUUGACAUUUUAUAAGAAAAAAAAAUGUCUUAAAAUUAUUUUUUCUGAUAUGAUGUAUUUUGAAUGUUGAUUACAAUAGAUUAGAGUUUGAAAAUAACGUUAAAAUUGUUAGGUUUCCACUGAAAGAAAGGACUUUAGAAAAUAGUAAAUUUAAAAAUCAAUAAAUAUUAACUUUUCAUCUGCACAUUGUUGCCAAAUUAUUUUUCCCAAUCAGCUAACAAAUUAAAGCUUUACCAAUGUACACAUUCUAUAUCAUGUACCUUCAAUUUUAUCUGCCAAUUUCUUAAAACGAUUUUUAAUAUUUUUUUUUUACUAUUUUUUUAAUGCAGCUCAUUCUUACUUAUUUUGUUUCAUAAUUCUGAGAUAAUGAAUUUCAACAAACUUUUUGAAGAAAAAAAAAGGCAAAUACUUUUACUUGGCAUUAAAUGUAAAAUUCAUUUAUAAUCUGUUGAAAAUUUUGAUUUAUUUAAAGGAUUCAUCAAUGUCUGGUUCAUGUGUUUGAUCCAAAGAUGUAACAUUGGUAGUUGACAUUCUUGUGUUUCAGUUGAUCAUUCAUCAUCACUGCGUUUGUGCCUGGUGGCUUGUAUUGUUUUUUACAUCCGUGAUGUGAACCAGAUUAUGGAUGACUGAGAAAGUUGUUUUAUUCAAAGUGCCGGCAUUAGUUUUUAGCUACGAGUGGGAUUGAAAUGUACAUUGAAUCCUGCCUCAUAACAUUUAGUGAAGAAUAAUUCACUAUUCAUCUACAGUAUUUAUUUCACUAAUCCCUGAAGGGUGAACCCUGUUCAGUUGUAAAAAAAAAAUAACCAUUAUCAUUAGCAUUUGUUUUUAGGGUUGUCUUAAUAUUUUAGUUUGUUAAAUCAAUAAAAAUAAAUUCAAGUAUAAAUCAAUGCUCUCAAGACUUAUUUAUAUUCUGUAUAUUCCUAAAUAUCAGGCAUAAUACAGCAUUAUGUAAUAUUUACAUGUGCAUUCAUUUUAUAAAAAAAUAUGUAUGUCCUGUUAAUGAAAUCAAAUGCAUAAAAAUUUAUAUUCAGUAGUGAAGAAUAGUUUAAACAGAAAUCUUAUUCUUAAAAAAGGAAUAUGUAAUCAGGAAAUUUCUGUCAUACUGUUGUAAUGACAAAAGGAAUUAAUGUGAUGUUAAAAUUGAAUUUUAAAUGAAUCUUAUGAUUGUUUGUGUUUCUUCAGGUUAAAAAAAAAUUAUUAAAUUGACAUACUUUGCAAAAUUAGUUAAAGCCAAUCAUGCUGUGUCAGUCUUCCUAUUACUAAUAAAACUCUCAUUAAAUUUCUCAAUAGCUGGAAAAUACAACAAAGGAUUAAUUCCCUAUUUACUUUCAAUGUUUCCUUAUACUUUAUGUUGUAUUUACUUCCGGUACUAUUUUGUUUAAGUACAUAAUGCAACCUAUACUUUAGUAUUAGCUGAAUUUGAAGUGAAUUGCAACCCUAACAUUUUUAUUUCAUUAUUUCAUUAAUAACUAUUGGCUAUUCAUCACUCUUAAUUGAGCUGAAGUGUCAGAUUUGAGUGCAUUCUAAGUUUGAACCAACUCAUCAGUGUCAGGUUGUUUGCACUUCGCUGCAUAUUCCUUGACCUAACCUUCAGGGUAUUCUAGGCUGAAUUAUUGGGAUCUCUACUCACUCUACAUGACCUUGCAAUGGAAAAGUACUGUGUGUCAUUAACAGUUUAAGAAGUGGGAUUCUUUCAGAAUCACAACCAAUAUCCCCCAAUUAAGUUCCAACAGAACUCCAUUGUAUUGUAAUUGCUUUGCUUUUGAAAAUAGUUAAAAUUACCAAGGAAGUAGUUCUUGAGUGUUUAAAAAGUUUUUAAAAACGUAAUGUUUUUGUGCAGGUUGUUUUAGAAGGACCACUAAUACUAAUAGUAAGGUUUUCCAACAGAUAAUAAAUUUGUUAUUCAUGCAUUACCCCUGCAAACUUUAUUUCUAAGAACCUUAACUCAUCUCUGACAUUUUAAUGACUUUGUUCUCAACUCCAUCAUAAGUUCCAUCUCAUUUUUUUUUAUGUUCCAAAGUCUUGUUGUUGGUUCUCUUGCUUAAUUUGCCAUAUUACAAGAGUUUUAAACAAAUCAAUAAACGAUCUGGACUCUUCUCCUAUCAUUGUCCCCUUGUUGUUGAGAUUCCAUUGAAAGGCUGC